AUGGCUGUCUCGUUUUUCUGCAACCCAGCGUUUCACGGCUCGAGAAAGAUUGUAUCACAGUUGUCCGUGCCUUUCCUCUGCUUGCUGGGGCUGUGGCUGGUCUAUCGUCGCCUACAUGAGCUUGGCCUACCGUCAUACCGCAUCACAUAUACCUCGCUCGAGAUCAAUCUUCCUAAGACACCGUCUGCCAAACAGCUCCCGGGUCCUCUUGCGGAUACUGUGGUCAUCGGCAAGUUGAGCUCUCAAGAUACGACCUGGACCAAAGAGCUUGCGCCGAAAUGGCAAGCAGCAGUCUAUACAGUCAAUGAUACGUCUGCGCCUCUGCACACAGCUUACAACAAAGGCAGAGAAGCCAACGCGUACCUCACAUACAUCAUCGACGCGUACCAUGACCUGCCCGAAACGAUAGCCUUUGUCCACAGUCACCGCCAAGGCUAUCCGGCCGCCUGGCACACCGAAGGCCUCAACCACGACAUCGUGAAGACUUUAACUUACCUCAACACCACCCAUGUGCAAGCCGAAGGCUACGUCAACCUUCGCUGUCUUCACGAUCCAGGCUGCUCGCGAGACGGGCGCAUCGAACCGUUUCGGCAUGUCGGAGAACCCCAGCCUAUGGAGCGCGAUAGUCUAGCAGAGGUCGCAUGGCUCGAAGCGUGGCGUGGCUUGUUCCCAGGACAACCAAUACCCUUCGAGAUCGCAGCUCCGUGUUGCGCACAGUUUGCUGUUAGUCGGGAUGAAGUCCGCAAGCGGCCCCUAGCGGACUACGAGCGCUUUCACCGCUGGUUGAUGCAUACCACGCUAUCUGACGACAUUAGCGGCAGGAUAAUGGAAUAUGCUUGGCAUAUCAUCUUCGGCCGGGACUUAGUACACUGUCCUCCCCCCCAACGGUGCUUCGACCUUUUGUACGGCAGCAAACUAUAUCACUGA